AGUCAUUCUGUUCUAUGUAUGACACAUGAAAUUAAUUUCUUUUGACAUCUCAAAUUAGUAUUAUUGCCUGUCAUAAUGAUGAUGAUCGCAGUGAUUUUAUCGUUAUGUUUUUUGGAGGUAUCUAAUUGCUACGAGAACCUCAGUAGAAGACCUUCAACAGUAUUGUCACUCAGUUCACGCUUUCAAACUCAAAACGCGACUCUGGCGAACGAUGGUGAACGUGGCACGAUCUAUAGUAAAUGUUCUCAUACGGAGGAAAACCAAACCAUUGCUUGGCUUCAGGUAGAUCUUGGAGAACGUUACAGCAUAAGCAACGUGACGAUGUAUUAUAGAGGUCAUAGAUCGGGAGGAUGGCGGCCUUAUAGGCUAAGGCAAUUCUAUCUUGAUGUAUCGAACAAAUCUGCAAACAUGUCAACAAAACAGAGAAAACGCUGUUAUACUGAUAAUACAACUGAAUCGGACUUACCUAAUAAUAUAAUAGAAAUGCCAUGCAAACAAACAGCAAGAUACGUGAUUGUGGAGACUUCGUAUGACGCACCUGAAGAUACCAGCACAGGCGCUAUGUUGGAAAUUUGUGAAAUAGAAGUGUAUGGAUGCGAAACUGGCAAAUAUGGCGAUAACUGUACGUCAUGUGAAGGAUGCAAAACGUGUGAUAUAAACAAUGGGUCUUGUGGUAAGCUCAAAUAUUAUUUAAGAAUAAGUAUAAAGCACACAUCCAGUCGUAAAUAA